AUGAAUGGCAGGGCUGAUUUUCGAGAGCCGAAUGCUGAAGUUGCAAGACCAAUUCCCCACAUAGGGGCUGAUUACAUUCCCACAGAAGAAGAAAGAAGGGUCUUCGCAGAAUGCAAUGAUGAAAGCUUCUGGUUCAGAUCUGUGCCUUUGGCUGCAACAAGUAUGUUGAUUACUCAAGGAUUAAUUAGUAAAGGAUUCCUUUCAAGUCAUCCUAAAUAUGGUUCCAUUCCUAAACUCAUAUUUGCUUGCAUCAUGGGAUACUUUGCUGGAAAGCUUUCUUAUGUGAAAACUUGCCAAGAGAAGUUCAAGCAUCUUGAGAAUUCCCCUCUUGGAGAAGCUUUACGAUCAGGACAGGCACGACGAGCUGCAAUACCUGGGUACUAUUCUCAGAAGCCAAGAUAUGAAUCCAAUGUGAGUGAUCACUCAUCUUUUGUGACAGCCCCCGCAGCAGAUAACAUGGAUAAAGAGAAGUUUCCUCGUUAUGAGCCAAUUCCAUUUAGUUCUUCUAUGAACGAAUCUACUCCCACUGGUAUUACUGAUCAUAUUGCCCAAGGACCUGAUCCCAGGCUUGAAGAAAGUCCUAAAAGAAAAAGUAUUACAUAUGAGGAAUUAAGGAAUAAGAACAGAGAGUCAUAUGAAGUAACUUUAGCACAUAAGACUGACCCCUCAGUCAGGCCUAUGCAGGAAAGAAUACCCAAAAAAGAAGUCAAAGUAAACAAAUACGGAGAUGCUUGGGAUGAGUGA